AUUAGACCCUCCCCACUUCCGGCCAGAGCGCCGCCACGUCAUGGCGGGCCUCCUGCGCACAGUGUGGCACCUGCCCUUCCGAGAGGCGCCCCUGUGGUCGGUGCGGGGCCUGGCGCGCAGAGGCGGCCUCAGAGCCAGGGCUGGACACGGGGACGCAGGGUCUAGUGCCAAGUGCGAGCGGUCUCUCUCCAAGAGUGAGUGGCGAAAGAAGCUGACGCCGGAACAGUUCUAUGUCACGCGAGAAAAAGGAACCGAACCGCCUUUCAGUGGGAUCUACCUGGAUAACAAGGAGCCAGGCAUGUACCACUGCGUGUGCUGUGACAGCCCGCUCUUCAGUUCUGAGAAGAAGUACUGCUCGGGCUCGGGAUGGCCCUCCUUCUCUGAGGCUCACGGUGCAUCCGGCUCUGAUGAAAGUGACUCAGGGGUUCUGAGGCGCCCAGACACCUCACUGGGCCUGGAGCGCACAGAGGUGGUCUGCAAGCAGUGUGAGGCCCACUUGGGCCACGUCUUUCCUGAUGGCCCUGGGCCCCGUGGCCAGAGGUUCUGCAUCAACAGUGUGGCCCUGACCUUCAAACCCAGCAAGUCCUGACUGCAAGAGGCCCUCGCCUCUCCUCCACAUUCCCGCCCUGCUGCUCUCAACACCAGCUGCUCUUCUGUGGGCUCUCCAACAGGGCCAAGUUUGUGGCUGACUCUCAACAACCCGCAGCUUCUGGGAUCUAGAAGUUCCAGUUCAAGACCCCGAGUCGUCUCACAGGGGCCCGUGUGCCCUCCCCAGGGUAGUUCCAUGUGUCCUUGAGUACUUAGGAAGAUGAAUGAUCCGCUUCUUGCAUCUGCCGGGCCUCUGAGGAACAAAACAGUAACUCCUGUCCCAUCUGGGUGCAGAUUGUGGAGGUGGGGACAUUCUCAGUAACCCCAGUCUCUGGUUGAUUGCUAACUGUUUACAGCGCCUCCCUUUCCAGCCUGUAGCCUUUGAAAUAAUUUUCUUUGCAAAUGUUAAAAACCAUAUUAAAAAAAAAUCCUUGAUUACA